CAUCGUUGAGAUGAAGCAGGCAGCGGGUUGCAGGCUUUGGCGGCUAGCCUCUAUCAACGCUACAGAUCACUGUAGAGGGUCUGGACACAAACACACUUUAUAUUUCAGAGGUCGGGUCCAGCCUAGAAAUGGCGGAAGCUGCCAGUUGAAUCGGCUGCCUAUUUAGAUGCGUGUCAAAGGUUGCCCAACACACACACUAUGGCAGGCCGAUAUUCAAGUACACGGUUACCCGUGCAAUGUGGCUACUCCGCAACCCCAACGUUUCGGUUCACCUCCAUCCUCGAGCAUAGUCGCGUUGGCCUGGUUGCACGGCCAUCCAGAAUUCGCGUAACACCCAAAAUAAUAACUUUUCAGAAGCAAACAAGUUUACUCUUCUCAUGGUCCCCACAUCGCGAUUUUUCUCAGCUCCGGAAGAAUGACCCCAGCGACUUGGCCUCGCAGCCAGUUGUAUCUGGGAGAUCUCAUUCAAGGACUGAGCAGAAUGACAGCCCAUCAUCACUAAGCUCUUCCGAAACAACUGGCCUGCCUCUUCGGGAAAACAUCUACACACUCCCAAAUAUCAUUACAGCAUCCAGAAUCCUAGCAUGCCCCAUCCUUGGCUGGUCCAUCCUGCAAGGGGACUUCAGGAAUGCAACAUUGCUUCUUGCUUAUGCUGGUGUCUCUGACUGGGUCGAUGGAUACUUAGCGCGGAAAUACAACAUGCAUACCGUCCUUGGCACCAUUCUUGAUCCAGCCGCGGACAAAAUUCUCAUGACUACCCUUGUUGUUACGCUUGCCAUCAAAGGACUGCUGUCAGUUCCCCUGGCCGCCAUCAUCUUGGGACGAGACUUAGCGCUCAGUAUAUCUGCGUUUUACAUUCGAUAUCAAUCGCUUCCUCCUCCAAAAACUUUCAUGCGUUACUGGGACUUCAGUAUCCCUUCUGCCGAAGUUAGACCAACGAUGAUCAGCAAAGUGAACACGGGUCUCCAACUUGCUCUUAUGGCUGCCCUGACUAUGAGUCCAUUGUGGCCCACUGAUAUAUCGAUGCCAUUGAGGAUAUUCGAGUGGAUUGUCGCUGGAACGACAGUUUGGAGUGGUGCUGGUUAUCUAUGGGCUAGGGACGGCUUCCGAUAUGUUGCUCGGAAGUCCAUAACGAAAACCAGCUCAAAACCAUAAAAUUGUACUACAAAAGCAGACGUACUACAUGUACUAAUACAAAUAAAUUAAUUACAAUCCACAUGUGAGGAAUGCGACGA